AUGACAGAUACAAACUCUAUCGAUUCUUGUGAUAGUUGGGAGUCACAACUUACUCAGUUAUCACCUCGUGCGCUAGAGAGACAGAAUACCUUAAAGCAAAACAAUAAUCAAGAUAAAAGAUUAGAAAUAUUCGAUCAAUCAGAACAAUUGAAUAAUAUUAUUAACGAAAACAAUAGCAAUAAUAAUGAUAGUGGUAGUAAUAGUAAUAGUGGUAGUAAUAGUGGUAGUAAUAGUAAUAGUAAUAGUAAUAGUGGUAGUAAUAGUAAUAUGGGUGAGUCUCAUGAACAAUUUGAGAGAGACAAUUCAUUACAUGAGCAACAACAAACGCAAUUGGAGAAAGAUAUAGAAGAAACAAAUGAAAAAAGAUUUGCUUUGAAAUUACAAGAGCAAUAUAUAGUGCAACGAGAAUUACAACAACAACAACAACAAUUACAACAACAACAAUUACAACAAUUACAACAAUUACAACAAUUACAACAACAAAGUAAUAGUAUUAAUAAUAGUGAUAUCAAUAAUAAUAAUCCAAAACUAGUCGAAGUAAUUAAGUCUAUCAAUGAUACAUUUUAUAGAGUAUGUUCAGCUACGAAAGAAGAGUAUGACAAAGGUUUCAAAGAGUUAGAGGAUAGGUACUAUAUAAAAAUUGGACGUGCAUCUGUUACCAGAGAGAAUGAGAUUCAAAGAGUGAAAGAAUUAUACAGUAGGAAAUGGUAUCUUGAAAGAGCACAUGUUCAUAAAUUACAGGCACUGGAUGGUAUUCUAGAAGAUAGAGAUGUUUAUGUUGGUGUCGAUUCCAUUGCCAUUUGUGGUUUCUCUUACGAUUUCAUCGGUCUCUUCCACAACUAA